AUGAGGAGAGGAGAGGAGAGGAGAGGAGGUGCGGUGACCAAAGAGAGAGAGAGAGAGAGAGAGAGAGAGAGAGAGAGUGUGAGAGAGAGCGAUUUAAUACAAAUCCAUGAGGUGUGGAACGAUAACCUCGAGGAAGAUUUCGCUUUGAUUCGUGAAAUCGUCGAUGAUUACCCGUACAUUGUCAUGGACACCGAGUUUCCGGGCGUUGUAUUACGUCCUGUGGGCAAUUUCAAGAGCUGCUAUGACUAUCACUACCAAACUUUGAAAAACAAUGUUGAUACGUUGAAGUUGAUUCAAUUGGGUCUUACCUUUUCAGACGAAAAAGGGAACUUGCCUACUUGUGGAACUGAUAAAUAUUGCAUUUGGCAGUUUCAUUUUUGCGAGUUUAAUGUCGAUGAGGAUGUCUUUGCUCGUGAUUCUAUUGAGCUUUCGAGGCAAAGUGGGAUUGAUUUCAAGAAGAACAAUGAGAAGGGUAUUGAUGCGAUGAGAUUUGGUGAGCUUUUAAUAUCUUCAGGGAUUGUUUUGAAUGAUAGCGUGCAUUGGAUUACUUUCCAGAGCGGUUACGAUUUCAGUUACCUGCUUAAGGUGUUGACUUGCCAGAAUUUACCAGAUACACAAGCCGGGUUCUUUAAAUUGAUCAAUAUUUACUUUCCCACGCUCUAUGAUAUCAAGCAUUUGAUGAAGUUUUGUAAUAGCCUGCAUGGUGGAUUGAACAAGCUCGCAGAGUUGUUGGAAGUUGAAAGAGUCGGGAUUUGUCAUCAAGCGGGUUCGGAUAGUUUGCUCACAGCUUGUACAUUUAGGAAACUCAAGGACAACUUCUUUAGUGGUACUCUGGAAGGUGUGUUGUAUGGUUUUGGUGUUGAGAAUUCUCAUUGAUAAUGAGAAGUAAUAGGGGGACAAAAUUGGAUAACCUUUUGUUGUCAGUAUGAGUGUGCCUCAUACUAACACUUCAAUAUA